AUGUUGCUACCUUUGACCAACAACGGAGGCAAGACUGAGAAUGAGGAAUCAAACCUUGUCGAUAUAUUCCAUGAUUAUGACUGGUCAACAACUUCACUUGGUCCCAUGGUCUCAUGGGAACCUGCAUUCAAAGCCACUGUGCACCAUUGA